CCUUAACCAAGAAAAAACAAAUCCCUUCUCUCUCUCUCUCUCUCUCUCUCUCUCUCUCUCUCAUCUUUAUCUUUGCUUUUCUUUCUCGUCGACAGCUACAAAUAUAUUUCUCCGUUCGCCAUUCCCCUUCUCAAUUCUCUCACUACUCUGUUUCUCUCUCUACCACCAAACCAUUCAUAAACCUCUCCUCUCUCCCACCAUUACCAUUCAUCAGUUCCCCCCUUCACCGAUUUUGUAUGCCGCAACUGCUCAACUCCCGUUGAUUCUCUCCCUCUCUCUAAAUCUCUCCACCGCGCUCUUCGCCCCGACGCUCCCUUCUUCUUCUACUCUCUGUAAUGGCGGUCGAGGCCAGGCAUCUCAAUCUCUUCCCUUCCCAGCUCCUCGGCACCAGCCGGGAGAUAAUGAAUUCGAUCGAGGCGAAUAACAAUAUGUACGCCAGCCAGGUCGGGUUCGGCGUGCCGUUGUCCGGCACCACGACUGCGACGACGACGGAGGCUCUGCUUCCGAUGUACAGCUCGGCGAUGGCCGAUUCGAAUAAUUUCCUUCUUCCUUACCAUCAGCAGCAGAAGAUGGCGACGGCGAUCAAGUCGGAGGUCAGUGGGCUCUCGACGUACAAUAACAACAACAUCAGUCAGAUUCCGGCGUCGAGGAAGCGGCCGAGGGAUUGUAUGAACGGAAACGGAAAUCCUCUGUUCUCGUCUUAUCAAACGCCUCAUCAGUCGAACAACAAUAACAAAGCAACCGGCGUUGCUCCGUUCUCGUUUCUCGGCCACGAUUUCUCCCUCCAGAUCCAGCAGCAGCAACUCGACGUCGACCGCCUGAUUUCUCACCAUGUAAGUUCUCGCUCGCCGGAGUAACAGAGUCUGCAGAUGGAGAAAGUGAGGGCGGAAUUGGAAGACAAGAGGAAGAGGCAAGCGAGGAGGAUCAUCCAAGUGAUCGAGGAAGGAAUGCUGAAGCGGCUCAAGGCCAAAGAGGACGAGAUCGACAAGAUUGGAAAACUGAAUUGGGCGCUGGAAGAGAAAGUGAAGUCGCUCUGCAUCGAGAACCAAAUCUGGCGAGAUUUGGCGCAGAGCAACGAGGCCACGGCCAACGCCCUCCGCUCGAAUCUCGAACAAGUCCUCGCCGUGAGAGAAGACCAGCACCACCACCACUCGCUGGACGACGCGGCGGCGCUGAUGGACGAUGCCCAGUCCUGCUGCGGAAGCAACGACGAUUUCGAAAACCGAUUGGCCGGCCGGAGGGAGAACGAGGACGAAGCGCCGGAGAGCAGUAAUAGAAGCAGCAGGAUGUGCCGGAAUUGCGGGAAGGAAGAGUCGUGCGUGUUGCUCCUGCCGUGCCGUCAUUUGUGCUUGUGCAGUUCCUGUGAGUCCGGCCUCCAUUCUUGCCCCAUCUGUAAAUCCGCCAAGAACGCCAGCUUCCAUGUUAACAUGUCGUGAGAGGGAUCUCUCCGACGCCGGCGAAGCUCCGGCGGAUUAAAAGCCAAAAAAAAAAAAACAGUUCAAAAGAGAUAAGAAAUUCAGGCGAAUUCUGAAGACAAAAAAAAUUGUUUAUUCCAUCUAUUGUUUCUCCUUGAUCUCAUCCAUUUCUCGCCUGCUUAGAUAUUAAUCUAACCUCUCUUUUUUUUUUUUACUGGAAAUAUAUCAGUUGAAUUUUUGAUAAUACGAUUUAUCCUCCCUUUGUGUCC